AUACAGCCUUUGAAGAGACCCGUGCUUGCUGUAAAAGAAGAAAGAACAAACAUACUGACCUUCUCUUCAGGGCACACAGGAUUCUACUUGCAGAGCUGCUGUAGUGUGUCUGUGUCUGCUGUGUGUUCUCCUGCUGGCUGGGAUCACUGGACUGGGCCUCCACUAUCAAGGGUUCAGAGGUCAAUGUCAUGCUGAGUUCUAGAAAGUCCAUGUCCACAAGGAUGGUGGAGGUUUAGCUCCAGCUGUUAUCAUAUCUCCACUGAGGCUAAAUCCUGGGCUGAGAGCAGACAGGACUGUAAGACCAAAGGAGCUGACUUGGUGGUCAUAGACAGCAGAGAGGAACAGUCUGGAUUGGUUUGACUGAUAGUGAGAUGGAGGGCACCUAGACCUGGGUGGAUGGAAAAAAACGGAUCAAUCCAUCACUAAAAUUCUGGGAUAAAGGGGAGCCGAAUAAUGGACACAAAGAAGGUCUCUCAGCAGAGGGGGAGGAGCCCCUCCAGAGCUGCUGUAGUGUGUCUGGGUCUGCUGUGUGUUCUCCUACUGGCUGGGAUCACUGGACUGGGCCUCCACUAUCAAGGGUUCAGAGGUCAAUGUCAUGCUGAGGUGAGAGACCAACAGCUCCGAUACAGUAACUUGACCGCUGACAGAGACCAGCUAGAAAGGGAGAGAGACCGGCUAGAAAACAUUUAUAACACCCUGACUGCAGAGAGAGAACGGCUAGAGACCAGUUACAACACCCUGACUGCAGAGAGAGACCAGCUAGAGACCAGUUACAACACCCUGACUGCAGACAGAGACCAGCUAGAGACCAGAUACAACAACCUGACUGCAGAGAGAGACCAGCUAGAGACCAGUUACAACACCCUAACCGCAGAGAGAGACCAGCUAAAGACCAGUUAUAACAGUCUGACACUAGAGAGAGACCAGCUAGAAAACAAUAAUAACACCCUGAUUGCAGAGAGAGACCAGUUGAAGCAAAAAUCUGACCAGCUGACUGAAAGAAUCAGAGUUCUAGAAAGUCCAUGUCCACUAGGAUGGUGGAGGUUUAGCUCCAGUUGUUAUCAUAUCUCCACUGAGGCUAAAUCCUGGGCUGAGAGCAGACAGGACUGUAAGAGCAAAGGAGCUGACUUGGUGGUCAUAGACAGCAGAGAGGAACAGGCCUUUCUCCACAUUUUUGGAAAACGAGUCUGGAUUGGUUUGACUGAUAGUGAGAAGGAGGGCACCUGGACCUGGUUGGAUGGAAAACUGAUCAAUCCAUCCAAAUUCUGGGCAGACGGGGAGCCAAAUGACUCUCACCAGAAAGGGGAAGAUUGCGCCGAGUUUCGCUUCCCUCCAACAAAACCAUUAAUGUCCUGGAAUGAUCUACCAUGCAGUUUAAAAUUUCAUGCAGUCUGUGAGAUAUAGGACUCAAUAUGACAGUACAAGUCUGUCAAUAUUUUACAGUAAACGUCUGCAGAUCAGUUGCUGAGAAAACAAUUUAUUAUUGAGUUUAGGUUUGAGUGUCCUGUUUUCUUCAUCAAGGUGCAUGAAAUUGAAAAUAGAAAUACACAUUUUUGAAGUGACAGAAACGCAUAAUAUUUUGUAUGUUUUGGUGAUAUGUAGAUUUCGAUUUUUCAUUUUAACAUUUAUAUUUUGGCCUGCGAAACUAUUACUUUGCAAAUAUUUGAGAACUUCAAUUUUGUUACCGUAAGAAUCAUUUGAUGCUGCUAACUCUGACUGGGAAAGUUCCAUGUAUGAAGCUUAGUCUGGUUACUCAUACUGGGUCCCCUCAGUAAGAAUCAUUUGAUGCUGGAUAUACAGAACAGAAAUGACAUGGCGGGUGCAUUUCAGGGCAGGGCUGUAGAAAUGAUCUUCGAAGCGACUUCAAGCUAAAAAUCUUCGAACUCAAUCAAAUUCCAGAACCCUGCUUUCUUGCCUUUUUCUAGAUCUGUGUGUUUGGUCACCCAGUAUUUAAAUUGUUAGUUUAAAGGUGUUUUGCUCCUGUUUCUGUAAAAUUGCUUAACUACUGAACCAACUUCCGGAUAUACUGAAAUGCCUUUCGGAUAUAGUGAAAAUGUUCACACACUCUUACAUUCUCAAAGCUUCUUACUCAUCCUUAUAAAACAUGAGCGUCAUAUAUGAGUUUGUGAAUGUGUUUAACAUGCGUCUAUGCGAGCAUUUCAUAUGUAUGUGUAGCUAUGUAAAUGUUCAGUAGUAAUGUGUGUAAAAAUUUCACAUGUGAAUGCGUUUCAUAUGUGUCGAUGCAAGCACUUCAAAUGUGUGGAUGUGGAUGUGUUUGUUUGUUUAAGGACAGUCUGAAUUAUUUCCUAAACGGCCCCUCAUAUUAAAACUUCAUUUGUG